GUCGACGGGUGCGAAGGAGAAAGUCCGAACGAUGGCGAGCCAUUCCGUCCAGCCGCUCCACGUCGAGGGCGAAAGCGCUCCCGAGUACUCGUCGGUAUUCCUCGCCAAGGGGGUGACCAUGGUAGUCCUGUGCUCGGUCAGCAUCGUCAUGGGGUUGCUCCCCAUCCACCUGGCGAAACGGCUCGGAUGGAACCCUUCCGAUAGCCUGGACGUCAGGUCCAGCAGGGCGGCGAGCCUUCUUCUAGGAUUCGGCGGGGGCGUCCUCUUCUGCACCGCAUUCCUCCACCUCUUACCGGAAGUGGGCCACGGCAUCGACGACCUCGUCAUGGAGGGCAGUUUGCCGGACCUGGGUUUCUCGUUGGCGGAGACGCUGACCUGUCUAGGGUUCUUCGCCAUGUACCUGGUGGAGGAGACGGUACACGACUACUCGAGAAGGCGUCAGGAGAAGGCGCGACGCUUGGCGGACGCCAACAAGAGCACCAACGACCUGGUGGAGAACGGCCAAAACGGCAGCCUCUCCUCGAGCCGCGCUCCCGACUGCGGCGCCGGCUGUUCCCCUGCAACCCCCGCCAUGCACAGCCAUCUUCCGUCGCAACUCGACGACGGCACCUCCGUCAACGCCCUUAGGGGUCUCCUCAUCGUCCUGGGCCUCUCGGUCCACGAGCUCUUCGAGGGUCUCGCGAUCGGGCUCGAAAGUUCCGCCAAUUACGUGUGGUACAUGUUCGCCGCCGUUGCGGCCCACAAGUUCGUAAUCGCGUUCUGCAUAGGCCUGGAGCUGGUGUCCUGCAAGUCGCGCCGCUACUUCGACGUCCUCUACAUCUGCGUCUACGCGGUGAUCUCGCCCGUCGGUAUCGGCGUCGGGAUGCUGCUGGUCGGCGGGGGCACCGCGGCGAGCAGCGGGGUCGCCGCCGUUGCUCUCCAGGGAAUCGCCACCGGGACGCUGCUCUACAUCGUCUUCUUCGAGAUCCUCCACAAGCACCGCGACGGACUCUGCCAGUUCCUCUCCGUCAUCGUGGGGUGGGCCGCGAUGUUCGCUCUCCAGCUCUCGACGGCCCACUCGCACUCGCACUCGCACUCACACUCCGCCCCGGACGACGAGGCCGCGCAUGCCGUCAAGGCGGACGUCGCCGGCGCCCUUGCGUCGACGAUCGACCAGCUGGGCACCUGGAACCAAUCCGGACUCGCCGUCUCUAGGAACGUCUCCGGCAGCCCCUGAAGGAGACCGGCCGAUCCUUCCUCUUCGGCACGGAAGGGCGGCGCACCUCGUGCCUGCGUUUCGACGCUCCUCUUCGAGGUCCGCUCCGUCGAUUCGCGAUCCUGACGCUUGGAAGUUCGCCGUUGACGCGGAGUGGCAGGAUCUCUCGAGAUUCUGCUUCCUCGGCACGUUAGAUGUAGCGCAAGUGUAUUUCUAAACAACAUCGAAGCCUCGUAGAAGCGUCGACGUCGGUCUCAGCCAAAAUUGGCGAAUUUUUCCGAACUCUCGGUUAGGUGCGCGAAAUGCCGCGCAUCGCGUAGGAUACGAUACAAGGUGCUAAAGACUCGAGUUUCGUCGAAUAAGCAAGCAAGAAGACGCUCGACGACGAAUUCCGAAUUCGACGCGACAGGUAUCCCACGUUCGCUGCUAUCGUUCGCGAUUCCGCGUCCUUACACGAUGCAUCGAGCAAAGGACAAAU